AGAAAACAUGGCCACCUAUGGUGUAUAAAAGCUUACGACCUAAGACUUACAAGCACAGUAAAGUGCUAGAAAGGGAAGACAAUGUAUCGCUCAAGAAGCAAAUUCUUCUGUUACUUUGCAAUCAAUGGAUUAUUGAUGUGCUUGUUGUACGGGAGUGCAGAAGCAAUUGUUGGAGUCGACGAAUGCCAGGCAACCCGUGUGAUACACUUUCUUCAAUAUCCUGGUUGUGUCCCAAAGCCGAUUCCCAGUUACGCAUGCAGAGGACGAUGCAGCAGCUAUCUGCAGGUGUCCGGAUCCAAGAUGUGGCAAAUGGAGAGAAGCUGCAUGUGUUGUCAGGAGAGCGGCGAGAGAGAGGCUAGUGUGUCCCUGUUCUGUCCGAGAGCGAAACCAGGGGAGAAGAAAUUCCGGAAGGUGAUUACCAAGGCGCCUUUGGAAUGUAUGUGCAGACCUUGCACCAGCGUCGAAGAAUAUGCGAUAAUCCCUCAAGAAAUCGCGGGAUUCGCCGACGAGGGUCCUUUUGCAACAUCGGCGCAUUUCAGAAGAUCCUCCGGCUUACAAUAGAGACACGUAUCUAUAUAUCUCUUUUGGCGCAUUUAAUAUUAUUCUCUGAGAGAUUGAUAUUGUCGACGAGCAGCAAUGGAUAUUUUAAGAAACCGGUAAGAAGAAAUCCUUUCGAAUGUACUGGUAUUAUUGUUUUCUUCAAGUAUGUAAGAGCGCGAGACUCUACAAUAGAUUUCGAUAUGUAAUAUAUGCCUACAUAAUUUUCUGUGCAAGAAUAAAUUAAAAUAUUUUUAUCUCAUUGACAUGCUCGAGAGAACAAGAUUGACAGUUUUCAUAUGACACGGAAUUCUUUUCCUUUUUUAUUUUUUUAUAACAUAAUUUAUAUAUUAAUGGAAAUAUAUGUAUGUGUAUACUUCGCGACGUGUUUCGAACAUACACAACAUUAUCUUUAUAUUAUGUAUACAGGAUGUCUCAUCAAAAAUGGUCCCUUUUAUCUUUUAUUGUAUAAUAUUGUAUAAUUGUAUUCAUUUCAAACAGCGCUACAACUUUUAUUGUCUCGAAAUAUCUAUUGUUAUAAAAAAUAUGCAAAUCGUUCAUCAAUACAGAUAGCUUAUUUUGAACUAUUUAAUUUGAUGUAGAUUUGUCAUGGUCUAUCUCUUUUAGUUCAAAAGAGAAAAAAAGAUAGCCACUUUUGGUGAAACAUGCUGUAUAUAUGUAAAUUCCUUUCUUUACAUGUGUCAAAAUAAAUGAACAAAAUGAGUACAUAUGUGUAACAAUAUUACAGAAUGUCCCAUAUAGAUAGGGGAUAUCAAUAUUCAUAUCAAUAUUCCUUGUGAUAUUAGUAAAAAAAAGAGAUCUUUCGAAAACUAACUGCAUUUUCGGGAAUUUUACUAAAGUAAAAAGAUGCUUAUUUCUCGGAAUACGGCAUCGUAUCCUAUAUAUCUGAAACAUCCUGUAUACCUGCGUGCUUGCACGCGAUAAAACGUCAACGUAAUGCGUCAUCGCAUAUAAUAGUUGUACGCGAAACAUUGCAAAGGCAGCUUCCACAAGGUGAUCUUGUAAUCCCAUGUUAAAAUCUCUUUUUAUUUAUUAUCCCCACAUUAUUUCCUCAACAGUUUUCUUUUAUUAUAAAUAUAAAUUAGUAUUACUUUAUUUUUAUAUAUCUGUGAUUCACAAGAAUCACGCAUGUACACUGCGAAAAUCUUACGCUUCCUUUUUUCUUCUUUGCUGUAUUUACUAUUUUCCACGUUCUCUGUAUGUCCUUCGUAUGUAGUAUCUCUAUAAUAAAUGUAUACUCGCGUAUACAUUUUUGUAUAUUUCAAUCCCUUUGAUCACAAAAAAAGAAAAAUAGAUUGAACAAAACGCUAAUCUUUUUUGUUCAAUAUAAGCUAUCUUAUAUCUUUCUGCAAAUCCUGGAUUUUUUACUUAGUCUGAAAGAAUUGUGGAUGCAAUGAGAGUUUUAAAGAAUUAUCAAAAAAUAAAAAAAU